UAAUGUUUACUUCAAUAAUUGUGAAUCCAUAAACUACAUAAUGAUUAUUACAUUAUUAUUUUGUGUUCUGUUAAUCGUUCUUUUGUGGUCACUGUGUCAAGAAAAAUAUAAAUAUUGGGCGAAAUUGGGUAUAAAGUACGAAGAAGGCGUCCUUGUUUUUGGCAGCAUUGGGUAUGUCUACUCCAAGAAAAUAUGUUUUUCCGAAUACGUCAAGGAGUUAUAUCAGAAGUAUCCUAAUGAAAAAUUUGUCGGGUUUUACCUCAGUCCCGGGACUAAUGCUCUGGUAGUGAGAGACCCCGAGCUUGUUAAACAUGUUCUUGGGGCCGAUUUUCAGUACUUUCACUCAAGGGCUUUAUACGCCGAGAGUACGGAGAUCGAGGUGUUGAUGAAGAAUCUGUUUUUGGCAGACGGCGACUUAUGGAAGUUUCUGCGACAGAGAUUGACGCCCGCUUUCACGCUGGAUAAGCUAAAAGCGAUGUUUCCUUUGAUCGUGGAGAGAACUCAGUGCCUGCAAUGA